GCACGUGACAGGAGAGGCUGGAAGUGAGCCCCGGCUGCCUGUAAAUGCUUGUAGUGGGGGAGGAGCUGCUUCCGCGUCUGUCCGUCAUUUUAAAGGACCCCAGAAAAGGGACAAACGCAGAAGUGCCCGACUCAGGCCGGAGCCCGGGCGGGGCUUUGUCCCUUUCCCGGAGGAGAGAGAAGGGGUCGCCAGCCCAGAGCCAAGAGGCAGCUGGGGGAGGAGUGGCGGUGCAGGGACAGGAGGGGGCGGGGCUGGCCUGGCUCCUCCCCCAGGGGUACAUCCUCCUCUGAACCCGCUAAGGGGAGAACCUGCCUACCUGAAGCUGGCCAGGGGCCAGCGGGGCUGUGUGGUUCCUGUGCCCACAAGCCAGGAAAAUAGCCCGAUCCUGGGCACUGAGGAAAUGCCAGCACGCUCUCCCCAUCUCCACCUGAUGCCCGUCUCCCCUUCAGCCCUCCCCCCCUUUUCCUAGUAACUUCGCCCCCCAGCAGGCUCCCCCAAUGCACCCAGUGCAGUUUCUGAAUGGAAUUAAGCUAGAGAUGAUGGCAGAGGGGGAGGGAAGGCUUCUGCCUGGCCAGUUCAGGACCCUUCCCAGCCUGAGGCUCCCUAUGCCCCCCUGGGGGGGGAGAAUCUGUCCUGGGGCCAGGGAAGGGCCUGGGAGCCCCUCUGAGCCCUCCCCCUCUCUCCUCCCCCCAGGCAUACACAGAGGAAGUCUCCCCCCCUCGGGCUGCCACCCCACCCCACCCCCCAAGGACCCCAGGGUGGCCUAGCAGAGAGCACGCAGCCAGAGGGAUGCCACCCCGGACCCCGAGGCCCCCCUCCCAGGGGUCAAUAACAUUCAAGGAUGUGACUGUGGACUUCACCCAGGAAGAAUGGUGCCUACUGGACCAUUCUCAGAAAGACCUGUACCUGGAGGUCAUGCAGGAGAAUGUGCAGAAUCUGCUCUCUGUGGGGCUUCCAGUAACUAGAGAACAUUUAAUCUCCUGUUUCCAGGAAGGGAAAGCACCAUGGCUGCCAGAGCAAAAGGGGCCAAAGAGUUCCUCUCCCGAUUUUGAAGUGAAUGUGAUGUGUACAAAUCUGAGCCUUUUUGUGGAAGGAUCUGGCCCCCAAAGAUGCAUGAAGGAGGUUUCUCAUGACUUCAUUUUGAGAGAAAUCUGUGAUUCUACUGUCAAAGUAAAUAAAAAUCCACAGAGUGACUGUGAAAUUGAUGAAACUGCAGAGAAAUUCAGCCAAUAUUCAGUCCUAACACAGUACAUGAAAUUGAGUUCAGGAAAUGACUGUUAUCAGGAUAGCAAAUAUAGGAAAUGGUUUCCUGAAGACGUAGGAUUUAUUCAGUCACCUGAGAAGCCUGAAAUGCUCGUGUAUCAAGGUAAGGCAGGAGGAAUGGCUUUUGGCUGCAGUUUAGACUUUAUUAGACACCCAAAUAUUAAUCCUGUCAAGAUGGUUUCUGUGAAUAAUAAAGUUGGGAGAUGUUUCAGACAAAAAUCUAAGCUUGCUGCACAUCAGAAAAUCCACACUGGAGAGAAACCUUAUGAAUGUAAACAUUGUGGAAAGUCUUUCACACAGUGGGGCUCUCUUUUUCAACAUGAGAGAAUCCACACUGCACAGAAACCUCAUGAAUAUCAACACUAUGGAAAGGCUUUCAGACAGAGGAGCAAACUUAUUGCACAACAGAGCAUCCACUCUGUAGAGAAACCUUAUGAAUGCAAACACUGUGGAAAGGCUUUUAUAGAGAAGGGAUCUCUUGCUAAGCAUCAGAGCAUCCACACAGGAUGGAAACCUUAUGAAUGUAAACACUGUGGAAAGGCUUUCACACAGAGUAGCAGUCUUGCUACACAUCAGAGAAUCCACACUGGAGAGAAACCUUUUGAAUGUCAACACUGUGGAAAGGCUUUUAUGAGGAGGAGCAGUCUUAUUGCACAUCACAGAAUCCACACUGGAGAAAAACCUUAUGAAUGCAAACACUGUGGAAAGGCGUUUAUAGAAAAGGGAUCUCUUGCUAAACAUCAGCGCAUUCACUCUGGAAGGAAACCUUAUGAAUGUAAACAAUGUGGAAAGGCUUUUACACACAGGAGCAGUCUUGUUGCACAUCAGAGAAUCCACACUGGAGAGAAACCGUAUGAAUGUAAACAUUGUGGAAAGCCUUUCAGACAGAGGGGCCAUCUUAUUGCACAUCAGAGAAUCCACACUGGAGAGAAACCUUAUAAAUGUCAACACUGUGGAAAGACUUUCAGACGGAGGAGCAAUCUUAUUGCACAUGAGAGCAUCCACACUGGAGAGAAACCAUAUGAAUGCAAUAACUGUGGAAAGGCUUUUAAAGGGAAGGGAUCUUUUAUUAAGCAUCAGAGCAUCCACACUGGAGAGAAAUCUUAUGAAUGCAAAAAUUGUGGAAAGGCAUUUAAAGAGAAGGGAUCUCUUGCUAUGCAUCAGAGCAUCCACACUGGAGGGAAACCUUAUGAAUGUAAACAAUGUGGAAAGGCUUUUACACACAGGAGCAGUAUUGUUACACAUCAGAGAAUCCACACUGGAGAGAAACCAUAUGAAUGUAAAUAUUGUGGAAAGCCUUUCAGACAUAGGGGCAAUCUUAUUGCACAUCAGAGCAUCCACACUGGAGAGAAAGCUUAUAAAUGUCAACACUGUGGAAAGACUUUUACAAAGAAGGGAUCUCUUGCUAAGCAUCAGAGUAUCCACACUGGAGAGAAACCUCAUGAAUGUAAAAAAUGUGGAAAUGCUUUUACAGAGAGGAGCAGUCUUGCUACACAUCAGAGAAUCCACACUGGAGAGAAACCUUACGAAUGUGAAUAAUGUGGAAAGGCUUUUAUAUGUACGGGCCAUCUUGCUGCUCAUUAGAGAAUCCACACUGGAGAGAAAUCUUAUAAAUGUCAACACUGUGGAAAGACUUUCAGACGGAGGAGCAAUCUUAUUGCACAUCAGAGCAUCCACACUGGAGAGAAACCAUAUGAAUGCAACAACUGUGGAAAGGCUUUUAAAGGGAAGGGAUCUCUUACUAAGCAUCAGAGCAUCCACACUGUAGAGAAACCAUAUGAAUGUAAAUAUUGUGGAAAGCCUUUCAGACAUAGGGGCAAUUGUACUGCACAUCAGAGCAUCCACACUGGAGAGAAAGCUUAUAAAUGUCAACACUGUGGAAAGACUUUCAGCCAGAGGAGCAAUCUUAUUGCACAUCAGAGAAUCCACACUGGAGAGAAACCUUACGAAUGUGAACAAUGUGGAAAGGCUUUUAUAUGUACAAGCCAUCUUGCUGUUCAUUAGAGAAUCCACACUGGAGAUAAAUCUUAUGAAUGUCAACACUGUGGAAAGUCUUUCACCCGGAGGAGCUCUCUGACUACACAUCAGUGUCCACACUUGAGAGAAACCUUAUAAACCUUAUAAAUGUAAACUGUGGAAAGGAUUUUACAGAGAGGGGCUAUCUUGUUAAAGUUAGAGAAACCAUUCUGGAGAGAAACAUUAUGAAUGUAAAUACUGUGGAAAGCCUUUUACAUGUAGGGGAUCUCUUGCUAAGCAUCAGAGCAUCCACGCUGAAGAGAAACCUUAUGAAUGUAAAACCGUAAAGACUUUCACACUAAUGAGCAAUAUUGCUAGACAUCAGACAAUCCACUCUGGAGAGAAGCUAUAAAUGGAAACAUGGAAAGACAUGCAAUCUCUUUCCAGUCAUCAGACAAUCCAGAUGGGAGUGAAGCCUUAUUGUAUGGAAUAAAAGCAUGGUUUAUUCUCCAACAUGUAUUAGUGUUAGUAAUCUUCAAUUGGCAACUUCCUAUAGAAAAGUUGUGAAAGUCUGGUGACUGUCAGAAGGGAGAUACUAAUCUCUCCUUAUGAAGAGGAGAGAUAUCCCCCUCCCCAGCAUCUUUUUAUAUACAUAAAUAUACACCUUCAAUUCACUCCUUCUGUGGCUAAAACCUCUGUUUAAAGAUGCAGAUUCAGAAUAUGUGAAGGAAAUCAUGGAAUGGAUUGGGUCAUGAGGAUAGAAUGGCAGGGGGAAAAAGCAACAGAGUCAAGAAAACAGGAGACAAUGGUUAAGGUGGAUGUUCCUUGCACUGCACCCUGGAGUGCCCCUCUGGGAGGCCCAAAUGAAAUUGUGAAAGCCACUCUUGGCUCCUAAGACUUGAUGUGUUAGUGGGAGGAGAAAAAGUUUGAUAAACCAAGGCAAGAGAUUUUGCUUUUUUCUCUUAUGGUUUUGUUGCUUACUGGACUUUCCUGUGAGCAUUCCUAUGGGGUCCUGAUGGCAGAAACAGAAAGCCAGCUAAAUGGAGCAUCCAGGAAAAUAACACAUCUCUCCUCUUUUCCCUUUUUUUCUGAGGCCCCAAGACACAAGGGGCAGUCAUGAGACCACUGCUUGCCUACUAAAUCAUGCUCUAUUCUCCAGUAUAUGUUAAUUAGUAUUAGUAAUCUUUAAUUGGCAAUUUACUAUAGAAAAAUUGUGAAAGUCUGGUGACUGUCAGAAGGGCAAUACUAAUUUUUUCUGAUGAAGAGGAGGGAAAUCCCCCUCUUCAGCAUCUUUUUUAUAUACAUAAAUAUACACAUUUAAUUCACUCUUUUCUUAUGUGGAUAAAACCUUGUCUUUUUAAAAAUUCAGAUUCAGAAUAUGUGUAGAGCAUCAUGGAAUUGAUUGGGUCAUGAGAAUAGAAUGGUAGCAGGAAAAAAGCAACAGAAUCAAGAAAUCAGGAGAUGGGUCAAGGUUGAUGUCCCUGUGCACUGCCCCCUGGAGUGUUCCUCUGUGAGGCCUAAAUGAAAUUGAAAGCCACACUUGGCUCCUGAGAUUUGAUGUGUGAGAAUUAGUGGGAGGAGGAAAAGUUUAAUUAACAGGCAAGAACAGAUUUUGCUCUUUGUCUUAUGGUUUUGUUGCUUGCUGAACUUUCUUGGGAGCAUGCCUAUGGGGCCCUAAUGGCAGAGACAGAAUAGCAAGCUAAGUGGAGCAACCAAGAAAGCAACAUCUCCUCUUUUUCCCUUUUUUCUGAGACCCCAAGACACAAGGGGCAGCCAUGAGACCACUGCUUGCCUGCCACCUUGGCAUCCCCAGUACUGCCCCUGUUCCUGGGACACUGCUUCCUUCCUUAUGAUCCCACAAGCCAGUGCACCACCAUUUGCUGUCUUACAGUAAACAUGCAGACAAUUUAAAACCAAAUAAGGUAAAAAUAAAAUACUAAAAUUAAAGUUAUAAAAUUAGAUAAAAUAAAGUAAUAAACACAAAAUUAUUUAAUUUGUUACACCAAUUCAGUAGUUCAUCAUUUCCAAAUUUAUUGCCUUGCAUUGAUUUCUUAUUGAACCCUAACACCAAUGUUUAGUUUUGUUGACUUUUAAAAUGAACUUAAAGGAGGCUCCUCCUUUGUACUAGACCACUUCUUUCUGGCUGCAAGAGAAAUCCAUAAACACAUUCUUUAACAGGACUUUAUCAACUCCCAAUAUACUUACUCACUACAAAGAUUAUCCGGGCUGCUAACCUUAAAUCUGCUAUCCCAUCUCAUUAAUUUUAACAAUGUCUUUUCCUCCAUUAUAAAAUUAUGUAAUUUACAUGAUUAAGCAGAAAGAUUGCCUCACUUUACCAAAAUGUAAAAACCUGACAAACUAUAGAAGUAUAAAAGGAAAAAUAAAAUCCACAUCACAAGUUAUUCAGGACUUUGGAAAUCUGGAAGUGGCCCUGCCUCCUGUUUGUGGCCCAAAAUUAAAAGAUCAUCCAGUAUUAAGUAAAAUUCCAAUUGAAUAUUCUAAUACAAAAAUCCUCAAAUCUUAUUUUUAAAAACUGCAUGACAAUUUCAGCUUCAGAACAAUUUUAAAAGUCAAAUUUGAGUUUAAAUAUUGAAAUGAACUGCAAAAGUUUUCAAGAUUAAAAAUGCUUCUAAUUUUCCUUGACUUUAAAACCUCUCCCACACCUCACAUACCCCCCUUUGGGGAGGUGGAGAUGCGAGGGAUUUUGAAAUUUUUCAUUUGCCUUUAACUACUUAACAACCAUAACUGUGCUUAAAUAGCUUAGGCUUUUUACUUCUAAUACCUAGUGUGAAAAAAAUAAUGUUGCAACUGAGUCAGCUAAUGUAAAGGCUGUAGAUAAAAAUUUGUUCAGAUAAUUCUCCUGAUUUCACUGAGUUCUGGCCUUAACUAAAUUAAUUUUGGGUACACAUUUAAUUUUCCUGUGUAUUUAUUCAUUGGCAAUGAGGGCUCAUUUACCCUUGAACUUAGGCCUAGUCUAUAGGUGAUUUCAUUAGUAUUCCUGGGCACAAAGGCCUUCUCUAAUCUCAUUGUUUUCCACCUUGAAGCUCCAAAAUGUAUAAACUUUACUGGUACUGGGGAGCCAUUCAGUGUUCUAUCCAAACUUUGUAUAUUAAACAUGCUGCUUAGAAUCUACUAUUUAUGUGCAAGGCUUCCCCCUUUUGGUACUGAUAUUUUGCCAGGUUUUCCUUAUGACCUAAACUCUUCCUUUUAAGAAAAGGAACCUCUUUAAAUUUGCUUAGUCAUUCAUAAUGGCUAAAAAUGUCUAUCUGCCUCCAUAAUUUCCAUAUUCUAGGCCUUGCCUUCCUGGGGCUUCCUUCAUCAUAUGAUUACAGAAAAUUUGCUAUAACAGGAGAAAAGUGGGAAGUAACUUAAAAUGGGGAAGAAAACCACCCUGAUUUGGAAUAUUGAUGUCAUGUGUAACUGUAAAGGGUGAAUAUUAUGGUUGAGACUGAAAAAAAUCUAAAUUUAAUUGGUUGCCAAGGGAAAUCCCAAAUAAUAAAAUACCUAAGUCAGCUACCAAAUUUUUAUGAUGAUUUAAUUACAACAGGAGGAAGAAAAUAUUAGAGGGAGAGAGAGAAAGGGAGGGAGAGAAGGAAAGGAGUUUAACUCAAAACCACUCUGGCUCAAGCUGAGCCAAAGCAGGCAUUAAGGCCUUGGAGAGCCAAGGCAGAGAAAGGGAUCAGUCCUUAUCACUCACGUGACCGGUCUAAAGGAAAGCUGUCUGCGAGGCUCCUCCAAGCUCAAGCUCCAGAAUCAAACUGAACUCUAGCCCUCUCCACAGGAAGUCCCGGGAACUCCAGAGGCUGUUCUCUACCUCACUUCCUGCAUCUCACAUGUGCCAAUGGUGGCUCAAGCUUGACUUAGGACCGCCCAGAGGUCUGUCCUUUUUUUGCACAUGUCUGUUGAAGACCAUCUCCUCAGAUAAUUAAAUCUUGAGUUUAAUGCAGACUUUUCAAAAUCUUGUUACACUGAGUGGGGUGGAGAAUGUGGGUUUCCAAGACUUGAUUCUGUUAUUCCAAGUAUCUCCAUUGUUAUUAUCAGGAAAUAGCUAAAUCAGAUCUUCUAAAGAAUGGUCUGAUUAGGGUGGAAUAGUUUUAAAAUUCACAUAAGUUGACCAUGAUUAGCAGUCAGCUGUAGAACUUGACAGAAACUUAGCCCUUCCAUUCGCCCUUGGGACUGUAUCCAUGACCAAGUUUUCUCCAUAGCAUUUCUUUUCCCAAUUAUCUUCCCAUACAAUUUACCCUUAGAUGGCGAUUCUCUCUAACCAAGCUCAGGAUUUAAAAUAAAUUUAUCUUCUGUUACUAACAA